AUGGCGACCCCUCCCCCAAUCGCCCGCCAAGCUUUGAAAUCCGAUGUUGAAACAGAGUUGCUGCCUGUGGAAAUCGGCCAGACCAUCUGGGUGCCUGGAACAGACCGUGUUUGGGACAAAGGCACUGUUAUGGCCAUUGGAGGGCUCAAAGUGACGGUACGUACCCAGGCCGGGAAGAUCCAGCAAGUCGAUCGAGGCCUUGCGCUGCCCCAGAAUCCACGUGAAGCUGAUGACAUGACGUCUCUCUACUACAUCCAUGAGCCGGGCGUGCUGCACAACUUGGAAGAGCGGUGCAAGCUCGAGGGGACGCAAAGGCCCUAUACGUUUAUGGCUAACGUCCUGAUUGCAGUGAAUCCAUUGCGAGAGCUGCAGAAUCCACAGAUCAGUGAAGUUGUGAACACAGCCGGUAGUGCCCCGCAUCCGUACUCAAUUGCCGAAAUGGCGUACCAGCAGAUGGUGUACAACUCGGGCACGGACCAACCAACGAACCAGUCGGUCGUCAUUAGUGGCGAAAGUGGCGCCGGGAAGACCGAGUCGUCUAAGAUUGUGCUGCGGCACUUGACGACGCGUGGGUUGUAUGGCAAGAAGGCGCGCGGGGAUGAGAUUGAGACCAUGUCGAAGACGCGGCAACAGCAUGGCACGUCACUGGACCACCGUCUGAUCGAACAGAACCCCAUUCUGGAAGCAUUUGGAAAUGCGAAAACGCUGCGCAAUUACAACUCGUCGCGUUUUGGCAAGUUUAUGAAGCUGCAGUUCACGUCAGAUGGCGAUUUCAAGCUGGCUGGUGCUCUUGUUGAAACGUAUUUACUUGAAAAGUCACGACUGGUGUACCAAGUGGACGGCGAGCGCAACUUUCACAUUUUUUACCAGCUCUUGGCUGGAAUCUCCUCGACAGCGCGCCAGGAGUUUGAGCUCACGGAGGCCAAAGACUUCUGCUAUCUCAACCAGAGUGGAUGCUACGUUGCUGAGGAGACAGAUGACCGUGCUUGCUUUGAGGCUGUGGUGCGCGGUUUGAGUUGUGUUGGUAUCAACGACCAGGUCCAGCAUGUUAUCUUUUCGGUAGUGGCUGGUCUGCUUCACCUCGGUAACAUCGAGUUCGACCAAGAAGACACGCCCGAAGGAGAAGCCGCUGUUAUCGAAAAACAAUCGGCGAAACGUGCUAUUACUGUGGCUGCUAAACUGCUGGGUGUCAAGGAGGAAGACAUGUGGAGGGUGAUCAUGACGCGUGAUAUUGUGACGCGCGAGGAGACGUAUACUGUUCGGCGUAACGAACAAGCGGCCGGAUACGCCCGUGAUGCCAUUGCAAAGGCCCUAUACAGCCGCAUGUUUGACUGGGUGAUUAAGCAGGUUAACUCGUCGUUGGGUCAUGACCCCAACCCGCUGCCGUACAUCGGUGUGCUGGACAUCUUUGGUUUUGAAUCGUUCCAACGCAAUGACUUUGAGCAGUUGCUGAUCAAUUACACGAAUGAGGUGCUGCAGGCGACAUUUAACAACCAAGUGUUCAUUGCAGAAAUGGAGCUGUACAAGCGCGAAGGUAUUACCGUGGGCAAGAUCAAGUGGCCUGACAAUCGAGAGUGCGUGGAGUUAAUUGCUUCAAAGCCUAACGGCAUUUUGACGCUUCUGGAUGCGGAGGCUAUGAACCCACAGCCGAGUGACACAAAGUUCUUGCGUGCACUGCACUCGAAGCACUCAAAACACCCGCACUUUCCACGGCCGCACCCAAAGGACAUGGAGCACAUGUUCAUUGUGAGGCAUUUUGCUGGUGCCGUGAGCUACACGAUUGGGUCCUUUAUCGACAAGAAUAACGACUCUAUUCCCGCAGACAUGUCUAAUCUUUUCUCAGGCUCGUCGAAUGUGCUGGUUCCUGCAUUCUUCCAGCAGGAACCCGAUACUAGUCGCCCAGGUAAAAGGAAACUGACCAAGAGUGUGGCAGCCAAGUUCUCGAAUCAGAUGCAGGAGCUGGUGGAAACCUUGGACGCUACGCGGUGUAACUUCAUCCGCUGCAUUAAGCCUAACGCGCUCAUGCGUGUAGGCAUGUUCGAUCCCCGAUACGUCGUGGGUCAGCUUCGGUGCCAAGGCAUCAUGCAAACUGCUCAGGUGCUAAAGGUUGGCUUACCUACUCGUGUGAGCUACAGCGAGCUGGUGGGAGCUUACAAAAAGUUCAUGCCACCUGAUGCUCAAAGGCUGUUUGCGAACCAGAGCGACCCGACGCUCAUCACAGCCAUUUUGUGGGCUUUUCAGGUGCCGAUGGAUGCGUUCAAGCUGGGUAUAACAAAGUUGUUCUUCAAGGCCGGCAAAAUCGCUGUGCUGGACUCGAUCUUGAAGAUCAAUUGGGCCACAGAAGGCCCGCAUAUCGUGUCACGCAUGAAGUUGUGGCUGGCUCGUCGCCGUUGGCGUGUGGGUCUGGCCAAGGUCGUCGCGCAAAACAGCUUUUCGAAGCUGUUGCGUCGCAUCCAGUUCCGCCGCAACUCGGUGGUGCGCAUUCAGCGUUGGUGGCGUGCACUGUCGGUGCGUCGUGACUUUAAGAAGAAGCGAUCGGCUGUGGUGGUGGUGCAGGCCAUGUUCCGUGGUAUGACAGCACGCCGCUUGUUCAAGUCGAAGAAACAAGAAAUGCUUGCUUUGGCAGCUGCACGUGCUGCCGAGGCUAAACGCCAGGCCGAAGAAGCUAAGCGCCGACAAGAAGAGGCCCGUUUAGCAGCUGAACAAGCUCGUCGAGAAAGUGUUGCGCGCGCUGCGGCCGAAGAUGAUCGCGCCCGCAUGGAGGAAGAAGCUCGUGCCGCAGAGGAAGAAGCGAUCCGACUUGCUAAGGAAGCGGCGGCUGCGGUAGCUGAAGCCGAGGCUGCUGCAGCCGAGGCUACUGCUGCUGUGGAGCACGAACGACAGGCGGAACUGCGUGCUAUCGCAGAGGCGAAAGAACUUGAAGAGCGUAUGAAGCGCGAACGUGAGGAGGCCGAACGCCGCAAGGAGCAGGCUCUGCUAGAGGCUGCGAGCGUCAGUGCCAGUCUGUUGAGCGGGCUUGCGCAGGUGAACAGUGUGCAGACACCUGCUGGUCAAGUGCACGUGGUGGAGAUUCCGGACAAUGUAUCGCAGGAGAACCGCGAGCAGUUGCAGCAGUUAAACGAUCUGCUGUUGAGUGGUGCUAUCGCUCAGUCUGAGUACGAUGAAUUGGUGCCGUUCUUGCUGGAGAAGCCUGAAGAAGCCCCGUCAGGUGCUGCCCUCACUGCUGAGCAGGAGGAGUCGUUGAGUCGCUUGUAUACAGCGAAUGUCUACGGCAUUCAAAUUCGCUGCCCGGCUUGCGGUGCGACGAACAACACGGCCAACGGUAACCACUGCGACGAGUGUGGCUCUCUGCUUACUACAAGUGACGAAGCGGCUGCUGCCGCCGCUGACCCAGGCUACUAUGGGAGUGAGUCUCGUCAGCAGAGGAGUUUGUCGACCUUAACGGCUCCUCUGGGCACGUUUACGACGGAGAAUGGCCACAUUAUGAUUCACGAUGGAUACUUCGAGGCGCAGAUGCACCGCACGCAAAUCCUUCAGGACGACAAUUACACGGAGUACACGGUGUAUGUACUGCGUUGCCAGUGGCAGCCGAAAGAAUCGGGCGAAUCGACGACGUGGCUUGUGUCGCACCGCUUCAGCGUGUUUGAGAAGCUGCACAAGGAUCUGAAGCGUAAGAUCCCGACUGCAGUGGCUAUGAUUCCUAUGUUUCCUCGUAAACACGUCUUGGGAGGUGUGUUCAAGGGGAAGACGGGUAAUUCGAGUGCAAUUGUUGAGGAACGCAAGCAGGGUCUGGAACGAUACGUGGCGCAAGUGCUAGACGUGUGUGCUCGACUUCCUGAAAACCUGAACGUGCCCGAGCUGGACCGCUUCUUGAACGUGUCGCGCCAGGUUGAGCAAUACCGGCGUCAGCUAAUGUCUGGUAGUGCUGACGAGCCUGGUGCCGCACCAGCCGGACUGGGACGUGCACUGAACGUGAAUGCUGGUGGUGCUGAAGGAAUGGCAGCCCGAGAGCAGGCACGUUUGCCUACUGAAUUGCCCACUCCGCUGGAUGAAGAAGAACUGUGUCACACCGAACAAGCUGUAGCGCUGUUGAAUGCAUCCAUCCGGAGUUCACGUGGCGACUUGCGCCGCGACUUGCAAGUGCAGCAUCACCUUAAAGUGUGCGUGCAGCUCUUGCCGCGUCUGCAGAUCUCGGCCAAUCUGGACAAUCCGUUCGCCAAUGUGGAUUUGAUUCCGCGUGCGAUGCAGUGCCAGGAGGAUCUAGAGACGACCAUGGGGUUGUACAACGACUCGUUGCUCGCUGUCACGGAAACUUACGCGCUUUCGGCUCAGGAGAACGGCGGGGCUCAGGCCCCACCUCCGUACGUUCCAGGCCAGCAGAACUCGUACCACCCGAGCUACGGUGUGUAA